AUGGCGAACCCAGAACAAAUGAAUCAAACGGUUCUCACAGAAUUCAUCCUACUAGGAUUUGGGAAUCUCCCUGAGCUACAGACUCUUCUUUUCCUGCUGUUUCUCAUCAUCUACAUCUCAACCGUGGCCGGGAACGUCCUGAUCUUUGCACUAGUUGUGGCUGAUCAGCACCUUCACACCCCCAUGUACAUCUUCCUGGGGAACUUGUCCUGCUUGGAGAUUUGCUGCUCCUCCACCAUCCUGUCCAGGAUGCUGGCUGGUCUCCUGACAGGGGACAGGACUAUUUCAUUUGCUGGCUGCAUCACACAAUAUUAUUUCUUUUGUUCUAUAAUUGGUACAGAAUGCCUUCUCCUGUUGGUGAUGUCUUACGAUCGGUAUUUAGCGAUUUGCAAUCCACUGCACUAUGCAGCCCGUAUGAGUGGCAGGGCCUGCCUUCAGCUUGCAGGUGGUUCUUGGAUAGGUGGCAUCAUAGGUAGUGGCAUAUCAGCAUUGUCAAUAUCUCAGUUAACAUUCUGUGGCCCCAACGUUAUUGAUCAUUUAUUUUGUGAUCUCAUCCCCCUUCUAAAAAUUUCCUGCAAUGAUCCACACCUGAUGGAAACUUUGGCUGUCACACUUAUCUUGCUUUUCUCAUUGGUCCCGUUCCUACUUAUCUUGAUGUCCUACAUCUGUAUCAUUGCCACCAUCCUGAGAAUCCCAUCCGCCACUGGGAGGCAAAAGGCCUUUUCCACCUGCUCCUCCCACCUCAUUGUGGUGAGCAUUUAUUAUGCAACUCUGCUGACUGUCUAUAUGUUCCCAACCACCAACAUCCUGAGCGACUUCAAGAAAGUUCUGUCUGUCAUCUACACCGUCCUGACUCCCCUGGUCAAUCCCCUCAUCUACAGCCUGAGAAACAAAGAGGUUCAGGAGGCCCUGAAGAAAGCUUGCAGGAAAUGCAAGUUUGGAUCAUGCUAA